AUGCACAUCAAACACGCGACGCCCGUCACCGUGUCCCUCUCCGACCUCCAAUCCAACACCAUCCCUUUCUCGACCCUCACAUCAGCAUUCGGCCCAGACUCCCUGGGGAUCCUCGUGGUCAAAGACCUCCCGUCGUCGUUCUCACAGUUGCGCAGCCGCGUCCUCUCCCACUCUUCGCGGCUCGCUCACCUCCCCGGGUCGACGCUGUCGACUCUCACGAAGCCCAGCGCGAAGUACCUCGUCGGCUGGUCGCACGGGGUCGAAACGCUCCGGCCGGGCGUCGUCGACACGGCCAAGGGAAGCUACUACGUCAACUGCGCAUUCUACCGCGACCCCGCGCUCCAGGGCGCCGACGGGACCAAGUUCCCCGGCUUCGAAGAGUACACGGCGCCGAACGUGUGGCCUGACGACCGCGACGUUCCGGGGUUCAAGAAAGAUGCCGAGGCCCUCAUAACCCUGAUCAUCGACACGGCGGUACUGGUGGCGCGCGCGUGCGAUCGGUUCGCGCAGGACGAGAUACCGGGGUACACGCCGGGCUAUCUGGAGCGGGUGGUCCAAGGGAGCACGACGACCAAGGCGAGACUGUUGCAUUAUUUUCCCAUGCAGGACCCCGAGUCGGAAUCCGGUCGCGACGGCGGCUCACGCGACUCCAAAACCGCGGCCACAGAGGUAGAUGAGAAUGGAGAUAGGGAUAGGGAUAUGGAAAAGGAAGGUGAAGACGAAGUGGACGACUCAUGGUGCACGACGCACCUCGACCACGGAUGUCUAACGGGCUUGACGAGUGCCAUGUUCAUCGACGAGUCAACCGCGACUGCGACCGCCGUCCCGACCUCCUCGUCCGAUUCCACAUCCACAUCUAGCGCAACCACUGCCACUUCUUCUUCGGACUCUGGCCCAGUCGGCGUCCAGCCGUCAUCAUCCCCGUCGCCAGAACGACUUCCGCUCGACGAACUACCGUCGUCGCCCGACGCCAAGUCGGGCCUCUACAUCCUCUCCCGCACGGGCGAGACGUACAAGGUCUCGAUCCCGCGCGACUGCCUCGCCUUCCAGACCGGCGAGGCGCUCGAGCUCAUCACGCAGGGCAAGUUCAAGGCCGUCCCGCACUUCGUCAAGGGCGUCGACCCGAAGAACUGCGGCCCCGAGAGUAGGAUCGCGAGAAACACACUCGCCGUAUUCACCCAGCCGAAUCUGGACGAGCCGGUGGACUUGAAGACCGGCCUGACGUUCGGCGAGUUCGCAAGGGGCGUCGUGAAGAAGAACACGCUUCCUGCCACUGCGUAG